AUGUGUCUCAACUCAAGACCGUUGACCCCGAUCCCAACUGCUCCCAUUGACCUCGAAGCUUUAACACCAGGGCAUUUCCUAGUUGGCUCCAACUUACAAGCUAUACCAGAAAUGAGCCUGGCUACAACUUCAGAUAACCGUCUGGAUCAUUGGCAACGUACCCAGAAGCUAUUCCACCGUAUAUGGGCUCGCUGGUAUCCAGAAUAUCUUGCACAGCUUCAGUCUCGAGCCACAAAGGGUUGCAAGCCUGCAGUUCAAAUAGAAGUAGGGCGAAUCGUAGUCAUCAAGGACGAUAACCUUCCACCAGCGAAAUGGCCUCUUGGUAGGAUCAUUCAGCUUCAUCCAGCCAAGGACGGGGUCGUCCGCAUCGUCACCAUAAGAACUGCAGUAGCUGACAACGUCGUGAGACCAGUCGCGAAGAUUGCUCUGCUACCAUUACCUACGCCUUCGGAUCCAAUCAUCGUAGAAACACCGAGCGAUGCAGAGACUACAAAGACCGAUAGCAAACGCCGGAUCUUCGAUCGUCGUUCGAAAGCUGUGAAUCAAAUGCAAACACCUGAGUUUGAUUCUGCGAUAGAUACAAGGUCCUGCUACGGAAACAUCGUGUUCAUCAAGGCGAUGCUCACGGAUCACGAGAUGAAAUAA